AUGCUCUCCCGCCUGCGGCAAGCCUUCUCCAGAGUCUACGGGGCACUGCUAGUAAUAGUGUACACAUAUAGAGACACAGUGUUAGUUGUGGCUGAGGAUGCGCUGGCUUCCGUGUUCAGCCUCGCCUCCGAGGCUGGUGCCGACAGAAGCCCUUGGGGAGCCCCCAGUAGCCGAUCGCUGAGCCCCGUUCUCUCCCUCAGGCUGAGACAGACUCCGGGGGAGCCCCAGGCCCCUAGGGCCCUGGCCCCGCCUCUGGAGCGCGCCUUCCAGGCCCGCGGCCCCCCGGCUCUCCUGGGCUCAUCCGUGCGGGGCCAGCACCACGGGGGCUGCGGAGCUCUGCGCUCCAGCGGAGGGGAGAUGACCCCCCGGCUCUGA